AUGUUCUAUUCACAUGAUAUCCUACAAAAGCGAGGCGGCAAGUUUGGAAUCAUUUGCGAUGACAUCGUCAAAUACAUCACAUUGCAAGUGUUACCAGCUGGUGGGAAAGGUUCUCGUCCUCGCUUCUCUCUUUACCUUUCAUCUCAGUUGAUGAUUGGUGUUGCAAGGGUCUUUGAGAAACAAGUCGGUUAUUUCAUUGGGGAUGUGAAUGAGCUUCACAAGCGAACAAGUGGAUCCCGGGCUUCAAGUUUUGAUGAUGGGUUUACCAGUCAUAUCCAGCUCAAGAAAUCAACAAGGUCAGGUGACUUCUGUACGAUGCCUAAAUCCAACCUGUUCAACGAUGAAGAGUUUGGUGUGAUGAGAGGUUCAUGGGAUACGACUCCAGAUCCUCUUAUACUUCCUGAAAUUGAGAUGUUUUCUGUGAGUCCAUACAGAACAGCUAAGUUGUCUACAUCGUUGCUCGAGCUUAGUCCAACUCAGAUGGAUAAACUUGUACUUGAGAGUCCAUCCCAUGUGGUAUCCAGUGCGUCAGAGAUCAGCCUCAAAGAUGAAGAUUCUUAUCACCAAGAAGUACAGAUCCCCGAGGUUGAAUUGCCCCCUCUAGAGGGCAUUGAUGAUGAGCUCAUGACAAACAUCUAUGAAGAGAUGGCUGUUGUGGAAGAAAUGAAGGAGAAUGAAGACCAAGCGAACAUCUCGCAGCUGAGCAGUUUCUGCCUUGACCAGCUAUGGGAAGUGGACCAGCAGACGGGUCAGCUCAUCCUGUCUCCAUCUCCCAAAGGAAGGGAUUUCCAGCCGCAUCACUCCUCCCCUCAUCAAGCCCUCCUCAGUCAACUCUCUCCCAUACCCUCCCAGGAGGCGCUCCCCUCACCCACUGGACCAGGGCUGGAGGAGCAUUUGGUGGAAGGAGUCGAUGUGGAGGCAGAGGAGCAUGAAGGAGCAGAGGUGGUUCCUCCUUCCAAGAAACCAAGCUCCGAUGGGAUGGAGACUCCUGCAAUUGGUCCAGUGAUGCAAAACAUCCUAAGACUGUCUCCGAUCGACGCUGCCACCCCAUCACCUAUCCCUCGUAGAGGACGCAAGAGACGUCUCGUGUUUGCUGAUAAUUCCACUCAAAUGAGUAAGAAGGACAUAAGGCGCAAUAUGGAAACUGUGGAUGAACUUGCACGUAAGGAGACUAUCAUAUCUCUAGGUCACCCAUCUGCCAAGGAACUAUUUGAAGAGCCAGCAAGAAAAGCUUUGAAGAGGACGACUGCCCUGUUCAAGAUCUGGAAGGAGCAUGCUGAGCUACGGAGAGCCACAACUGAUCCCGAAGAGGAAAAUCUUGAUGCACCCGCCUGGAGCACAGCUUACAUGAGACCCAGACGACCCCUUCCUGGAUCAUCCUCUGAUACAACCAGCAGAGAAGAACAGGAAGAAGAGGAGGAUGAAGAGAGGGCUUUACUGCUCAAGGAAAUCCCAGAGGUCCUUCGGCAUGAGCUUUCUGUGAGCACAGAACGUCUGAGAGAUAUAUCCUUAGAGACCAGCCAGCCUCGGGCAAAGUUUGAAGACACUCCCCACUCUCUCAUUGUCUCAGAUGCCAGUCACUUGUCUGAUUCCAAGGACAGUUCUCGUGCAAAGAGUUUCCACUCGGAUCCUCCAACAGCACAACGGAGCUUGCACCGCCCCAUAAGAGACAGCUUCAAGGAAAUGGGAGAUGCCAUCCCAGAGGAGCUAAUGGACAUCCAGGAGCUUCCAUUAUUACCAGAGGAGGAUAUGCUGAUGGACCAGCUGGAGGGACAGAUGGAAGAACCAGCAGGAGCCGAGAUGAUAAGUACCUCAGAAGAUGAAGAAGGAAGGAAGUUGAGAAAGAAGGAAGAGACAAAGGAGAAGCAAGAGGAGGUGACGGUUCCUCAAGGGAACAUCCUGAGGGGAAUUGGUGUGCUUACAGAAGAAGAGGAUUCAAUUCGAUUCAAGGACCUGGUCCCACCAUCAACAUACAGAUCAGUUGCAACCAAAAUCUUCUCUGUGUGUCUGGAAUACGCCGCCAUGAGACUCAUCACUGUGACUCAGACAAAGCCUUUUGGAGACAUCUAUAUUCAGAGAGGACCUAACUACGAGUAGAACGAUGUAAUCUAGUUGCUUGUUUCACUUUACUCAGGCAGAGCAAUAAAUCAGGGAGCCUCCAAUUGUUUUCAAAGAAAUUGUG